AAUUAAUACAAAGAAUUUUUGGAGGAAUAAAAUACGGUUGAAAAGUAAUUUUUGGAGCGAAAAGCCCGCCCAAGUUUUGCCUGCUGUCAGGGAGUUCAAAUCAGAAACCGCCCAGCAAACGUUUCUAAUUUGGAGAAGUGAGCCCGGAAUCGGAAGCCGGGAGCAGAGGGUCGGAAUAUCAAAUUGCGAAUUCACAGGGGGAGAUUACCCACGGAAAUGCAAAUCAGGCGACGGGCGUGCCAGGGGGCGAGCCGAGAGCCACACAAUAGAUCCAACUGAAGGCGGGGAGAGCUCGUUACAAGAACCCCUACCAAUCACACACCUAUUUUGGCUAAUCCAGUGCAAAGAUGGAUAUAUCGAUGCUAUUGUUGGGCAGCCUAAUUAGUGGCUGGCCCAAAGCCUCUUUGGGGGCCACCAGCAAUGAGGCCAGCAGCAGCAACAGCAGCGGACACAACACUAGCAGCAACAACUCUGCAUUCUCCUCGGAACUCUCGGACCACAAUGCCAACGAUUCCAUGGAAUACGAUGCCGAGAGUGUGGCCCUCGAGCGCAUCGUCUCCACGAUAGUUCCGGUAUUCUUUGGCAUUAUCGGCUUUGCCGGACUCCUCGGCAACGGACUAGUCAUACUGGUGGUUGUGGCCAACCAACAGAUGCGCUCGACCACCAAUUUGCUGAUUAUAAACCUGGCCGUCUCGGACAUCCUGUUUGUCAUCUUCUGCGUUCCGUUCACGGCCACCGACUACGUCCUGCCCGAGUGGCCCUUUGGCAAUAUUUGGUGCAAGUUCGUCCAGUACAUGAUUGUGGUCACCUGCCACUGCAGUGUCUACACGCUGGUGCUGAUGUCCUUUGAUCGCUUCCUGGCCGUGGUCCAUCCCGUGACGAGCAUGUCCCUGCGAACCGAGCGCAAUGCCACACUGGCCAUCAUGUUUGCCUGGAUAACAAUCGUCACCACCGCCAUUCCAGUGGCCCUCUCGCACUCGGUGCGCGACUAUCAGUAUCACGGCAGUGCCGGCACCGCCUGCGUCUUCUCCACAGAUGAGGAGGUCUGGAGUCUGGUCGGCUUUCAGGUCUCAUUCUUUUUAUCAUCGUAUGUGGCACCGUUGACGCUGAUUUGCUUCCUCUACAUCGGAAUGCUGGCUCGUCUGUGGAAGAGUGCUCCAGGCUGCAAACCUUCCGCCGAGUCACGCAAGGGAAAGCGACGCGUCACCCGGAUGGUUGUUGUUGUCGUUCUGGCCUUUGCCAUCUGCUGGCUACCAAUUCAUGUCAUCCUUGUGCUCAAGGCCCUGGAUCUUUAUGGAGCUAGUCAUCUGUCGGUCAUCAUCCAAAUCAUUUCGCAUGUGGUGGCCUACACUAAUUCCUGCAUCAAUCCGAUACUCUACGCCUUCUUGUCCGACAACUUCCGCAAGGCUUUCCGCAAGGUGGUGUGGUGCUGUAGCCCACCGCCUCUGAUGACCAAUCAACAGGUGACAAAGACCACGCGAACUGCAACCGGCAACGGAACGUCCAAUAUUGAUAUGCUCUAA